CACUGAACUCCAACCCCCGCGCGCUCUAUCAGCAUCUCAUUCCUGUCUCAAUAUGUCUCAAGAUGGCGGCCAAUGCAGGAUCGAUGUUUCAAUAUUGGAAGCGCUUUGACUUACAACAACUACAGAAAGAACUCGACGCCACCGCCACACAGCUCGCCAACAGACAGGAUGAGAGCGAACAGUCCCGGAAGAAGCUCAUCGACCUUAGCCGCGAGUUCAAAAAGAACACACCAGAGGACUUUAGAAAACAAGUCGCCCCUUUGCUCAAGAGCUUCCAAGGAGAGAUCGACGCCUUGAGUAAGAGGAGUAAAGAAGCAGAGGCCGCCUUCUUAAACGUGUACAAGAAAAUAAUCGAUGUCCCAGAUCCCGUACCUGUGCUGGAGCUGGCUCAGCAGCUGCAGCUGAAGCUCCAGAGGAUGCACGACAUUGAGACGGAGAACACCAAACUUCGGGAGACACUGGAGGACUACAACAAAGAGUUUGCAGAGGUCAAAAAUCAAGAGGUGACCAUCAAGGCCUUGAAGGAAAAAAUCCGCGAAUACGAGCAGUCGCUGAAGAACCAAGCAGAGAACCUGGCACAAGAAACGCAGCUCCAGUUGCACAACGACUAUGCAGAGAAGGAGAGGAAACUCCAGGAGAGCCAAGACUCCAUGUCAUCACGGUUGGAAGAGGCCGAGCACAAGGCCCAGUCCCUCCAGACAGCACUUGAAACAACUCAGGCCGAGCUCUUUGAUUUGAAGACGAAGUACGACGAGGAAUCCUCAGCAAAGGCUGACGAGAUCGAGAUGGUGAUGACAGACCUUGAAAGAGCCAAUCAGCGAGCUGAGGUGGCGCAAAGAGAGGCUGAGUCACUGCGGGAGCAGCUGUCCUUGAAUAACCAAUCCCAGCAGGCCGCCAGCCCGACCGGCAAGGCCGACCCCGACGCGGAGCAAACUGUGGAGGUGGCAUCCCACACAAGUCUGGAGGCGGAGCUCAGGGCCAAAGAAAGGGAGAGCGCACAGCUGGUGGAAGACGUCCAGAGACUGCAGGCCAGCCUGACCAAACUACGAGAGACCACCAGCAGCCAGAUCACACAGCUGGAGCAGCAGCUCAGCAGCAAGACGGCCGUUCUCAAGGAACUGGAAGAGAAACUCGAGAAGCAAGCAGACUAUGAGGAGGUGAAGAAGGAGUUGGGUAUUCUGAAGUCAGUCGAGUUUGGAACAUCAGAUUCCGUGCAGGAUUCAUCCAAACCUCUGGAGGUGCUGUUGCUGGAGAGGAAUCGUAGUCUUCAAUCGGAGAGCGCCGCGCUGCGCAUAGCCAACGCCGAGCUCAGCGGGCCAGCCGGGCGGAAAGGGACAGAAGAGUCGACACCUAAGGAGGAAAGCGGCGAGCCCUCUUCUUCGCCCCCUCCUCCUUUCCCUUCCUCCUCGCAGCCUUCCAUGUCUCGCACUCUCACGGAUGCCCUCAACACGGCCACCACGACCAGCAGCAGCAGCAGCGGGGACGCGCACCCCUUCACUCCCACGGGCAUUGGCCAGGACUUCUACUCCCCGGUCUUCCCGCUGGUGGGUGGCAAGAUGGCUUUGAACUCGUUGAUCCAGCGGCAGCUGCUGCAGACCUUCUACUCCAAAGCCUUGCAAGAGUCGUCCGGGAUCCCCGGCGGGGCUCUUCUGUUCACCCCUUUCACUCCGACCCUCAGCUCCAUCCCUACCUCCAGCCCGGGCUGCGCGUCGGCCGCCGUCCCCCUGGCGGCCAGCAGCCCCCAGCCGCCCCCGGCCAGCCCGGACAUGGCCCCCGUUAACGGGAGCAGCACGGCCGGCAGCGCCCCGUCGCCGUCCCCGAGCCACUCGGACGCCACCACGGGGAGCGUUUUGGACGGCGAGGACAUGGACACGGCCGAGAUCGCCCGGCAGGUGAAAGAGCAGCUGAUCAAGCACAACAUCGGCCAGCGCGUCUUCGGCCACUACGUGCUGGGCCUCUCCCAGGGCUCCGUCAGCGAGAUCCUGGCCCGGCCCAAACCGUGGAACAAACUCACCAUCCGCGGCAAGGAGCCCUUCCACAAGAUGAGGCAGUUCCUGGCCGACGAGCAGAACAUCCUGGCGCUUCGCAGCAUCCAGGGACGGCAGCGAGAGGGCUCAGGCCAGCCCCAGCUUAGCCGAAUGUUUCAGGAUGUUCCGAAGCGGAGAGCCCUCUCCAAUACAGCUUCACACACAGGGAACAUCACAGCUCGCGUCCGCUCUCAAGAUGCCGGUUCAGACGAGGCCAUCAAGUCCAUUCUGGAGCAGGCCAAAAGAGAGCUGCAGGUGCAGAAAGCCGAUUUGUCGCAUGCGCAGCCCUCCUACGUAGGCCUGAAAGGAGGGGGCGGAAGCGGGCUGGGGGGCGGCGGGUCAGACGAGGCCAUCCGCUCCAUCCUGGAGCAAGCCCGCCGGGAGAUGGAGGCCCAGCAGGCUGCGCUGGAACCCAUCCUCAAAGCCUCAUCGUCCUCAUCCUCCCUGAUGUCUCAGAGGGACCUCAUGAGCUCGCCGCUCACCGCUCCCCUCCCCCCUUACAAUCCCCUGGCUCUCUCCCUCAAGAAGCCUCCCAGCUCGCUCUUGUCCUCCCCCUCCUCCCCGUCGCCAGUGCUGGACUUCAGUUCUGGCAUCAAGAGGGAGAGCAGGCCCUCUUCGGGCAUCGACAUGUCAUCGGACGGCGCUUUCAGGCAAGGUCGGAGCUCCGAGGGCUCGGUACGCUCCGGGACUGCGGCGGGAGGGGUGGGUUACUGGAGAGAGCAGUGGUGGAGCAGCAUGCACACGGACCCCCGCAGGACUUCAGCUGGAGAUGAGAACCACAACCAGGAAGACUCCAAAGAGGGAAUACUGAGUGACAGUCUGUCUCGAAACAAGCCGUGGAACAAGUUGAACCAGAGGAACCGGGAGCCCUACCUGCGCAUGCAGCCGUGGCUCAAUGGAGACCAGGGGCAAAACGCACAUAUCCAGCAAGCUCACAACCAAGAAGGUACUCCCAAAACAUCAGCGAGCUGCAGCCCCGCGCCGGAGUCGCCGCUCAGCUCGGCCGAAGAAUCCGUCAACGGCCUCGCCGGCGAUCUGCUCACGUCGCAGUCGUCCGGGCUCAAGACCGCCUGCGACGAGCCUUCGUGCGGAGACUCCCAGCCUGGAACCCCGCUGCCUGUACCCGGCCACUCGGGUCUGAGCAUUCAGGAGAUGGUUGCAAUGUCUCCCGAGCUCGAUACGUACGCUAUUACCAAGAAGGUGAAGGAGGUGCUGACAGACAACAACCUCGGCCAUCAUCUAUCCCAACCAGGCCAGCGUCUGUUUGGGGAGACGAUCCUGGGUCUGACACAGGGUUCCGUCUCAGACCUGCUGGCCAGGCCCAAACCGUGGCACAAGCUCAGCCUGAAGGGCAGGGAGCCCUUUGUCCGGAUGCAGCUUUGGCUCCAGGACCCGCACAGUGUGGAGAAACUCAUGGACAUGAAGCGACUGGAGAAGAAAGCCUACAUGAAGAGGAGGCUGAGCUCCUUGAGUGACGGCCAUUCUGUGGACGGUGGCCUAGUGGGGCCAGACUACGUGCAGGGCUCUCAGAGUCCGGGGCCACAGCAGCACCUGAAGAAGCCCAGAGUGGUGCUAGGCCCCGAAGAAAAGGAGGCCCUGAAAAGGGCUUACCAACAAAAACCGUAUCCCUCACCCAAGACCAUUGAGGAGCUGGCCUCGCAGCUCAACCUGAAGACCAGCACCGUUAUCAACUGGUUUCAUAAUUACAGGUCACGUAUCCGGCGAGAGCUCUUCAUUGAGGAAAUCCAGGCAGCCGGAGGGGUCGGGCCCGGCAGCGAGGGGGGCUCCCCUUCCCUCCGCGGGUCGAAAUCAGGCGAAGGGGACAGCUGCGACGGGACCGAGUCGGAGGGCACAGUGGAGGCGCGCCAGGGAUUCGGUGCGGGCCUGGAGGAGCACAGGGGAGCGUGCAAAGACCACGACAUGGAGGCCGAGUCUGAGGCGGGGGGCUCGAAUAAUUCUCCUUCCCAGCUAGACUGCGUCCCGCCGGGCUCUAGUUGCGGCUCGGGCGGACUUGGGCUCUUCAGCCUAACGGAGGCAUCCCCCGGAAGCUCCGCCUCGAGUACUAAUCUCCCGGCCUCCGGCCCGGCCAGAAACCCCAGGGACAAUAAUUUGCGCAAGAAGAAAGCGGCCAACCUCAAUAACAUCAUCCACCGGCUGGAAAAGGCCGCCAGCAAAGAGGAUCCCUCCGAGUGGGAGUUCUAGCCCCGCCCCCUCCUCCAGCCUGAGCGCCCUUCGCCCCUCUUGUCUCAUAACCUCACCACCUCUAACCUUGGACCCCUCCUGCUCUGUUCCAGUUGGAGAGUGGACACAGCCAAAGUCAAGCUCAGCAGCCAUUUUUACUACAAAGCUUUUCCCAAAAGAGGAAAGCGAGGUUGGCAAAACCCUUAAAAACAAACAAAA